AUGUCAGUCACCCAUAUUAAUAUUUCAUUAAAUGGGACAAGCUCCCCAAACCAGGGAAUAAUGGAUAUACCCAAAGACCAAAAAUCUUUGAAUCUUUUUAUUUUUUGCUUGACUUUUGUCAUCACAUUCCUAACCCUGCUGGGUAGCAUCUAUUCAUUAGUUUCCCUGCUGAGAAUGCAGAACAAAAGUACAGUUUCAAUGCUUGCAACUUCUCUAAGUGUGGAUGAUCUGAUUAGUGUGGUACCAGCAACAAUUUUUAUGCUCAAGCCUUGGUUGAAUGAGAUGCUUCCCCAGACUGCGUGUACCACUUCAGCGCUACUGUACUUAUUUCAGGGUUUCUCCAGCAACUUGAUGGGGUCCCUUGUAGUUUCCUAUAACUUCUACAGCCUCAAUAAAACGGGAAAGAGACAAGGGGCCACCAAAAGGCCAGUGAGCAUGAUAUGGGCUGUUCUAACUAUCUGGAUUGUCUGCCUGCUGAUUUGUAUUUUGCCUUUAUGUGGCUGGGGCACCUAUGCUCCCACCUCCUGGGGAUGUUUUAUUGACUGUUCCAGUUCGUAUAUCUUGUUUCUCUUUAUAAUCUACUCAUUGUGUUUCUGUCUCCUAAUUAUACUCUCCAUUCCUCUAAUUUAUCAAUUGCUCUGUUCAGAUGAGCAACAGCAUUUUUAUGAUGAUUAUCAUCAAAUCACUGGUGGCCAUUUUUCUUCUGGGGUACUUCCAUUUGAGAGUCACACAUCUUCUCUUCCUACAGAAGACACUAUGAAUAAAACCCAGAAGCACUGUCAGAACCUAGUUACCAGACAAAGUCCAGCUGACCAAUGUCACUUGGACCACUACGGUAUACGAAAUGUGCCACCUAACAACCGGAAUAUUACUGUGGAAUUUGCUCAGAAACGCUUCUCGCUAAUUCUUGCUCUGACCAAAGUCAUUCUUUGGCUCCCAAUGAUGAUACAAAUGGUUGUUCAAUACACUGUUGGGUUUCACAAUCUUUCCUUUGAGGUAUUCAGCUUCCUGCUAACUUUGCUAGCUGUCACUGUCACUCCGAUGUUUGUCUUGUCAGAGCACUGGAGUCACCUGCCUUGUGGCUGCAUUAUCAAUUGUAGAAAGAGCAUCUAUACAGUCUCAUCAGAGGAAAACAAAGCCAAAAGAAGAGGCUUUGAAUUCAAUUUGUCCUUUCAACAAGGUUAUGGAAUCUAUAGGAUAUCCCAUGACAAUCACCACAGUGAUGGCAGCAAUUCAAUAUCCUACCACAGCUUGCUCAACUGCGAUUGUGAGAACACAAAAGGAACUCAAAAAGAAAGCUGCAAAAUGGAGUUCAGCACCAUUUCCAUGGUGGACAGCUCCACGUGUAAAAAUAUUGCUGGUUGCAAAAACGUUGACAGCCCAGACACCAGGAAAGACUUAAGCAGGGAUAAAUUCAUAGACUGCCUAAUGUCUGAUAAAAUGUCAUAUAAGAAAGAAGAGAUCCGGAAUAUUGAAAAAGGAAGUUUUUUUGAAGGACCAGAAAGAAGGUUGUCUCAUGAGGAGGGCCGGAAACCAGAACUCUCUGACUGGGAGUGGUGCAGAAGUAAGUCGGAAAGGACCCCUCGACAGCGUUCAGGCGGUGCCUUAGCUAUUCCUCUGUGUGCAUUUCAAGGAACUGUGUCUCUCCAAGCUCCCACAGGAAAAACCCUCUCUUUAUCUACGUAUGAGGUAAGCUCAGAAGGACAAAAAAUCACUCCCACAUCCAAGAAAAUUGAAGUGUAUCGCUCCAAGAGUGUGGGCCAUGAGCCAAAUCCCGAGGAUUCUCCAACUACAUUUACUGACACCAAUGUGAAGAUUCACUUAGAGGUGCUUGAAAUUUGUGACAACGAAGAAGCCAUGGACACUGUUUCCAUCAUAAGUAAUAUUAGCCAAUCCUCUACCCAGGUCCGCUCUCCAUCCUUACGUUAUUCUCGGAAAGAAAAUAGAUUUGUCUCAUGUGAUUUAGGAGAAACAGCGUCUUAUUCACUCUUCAUACCGUCAAGCAAUCCCAACAGUGAUCUGAACAUAUCCAUUCCUGACACUGUCGAAGCUCACAGGCAGAAUAGUAAAAAACAGCACUUGGAAAAAGAGGGUUAUCAGGAAGAAAUACAAAUGUUAAACAAAGCAUACAGGAAAAGAGAAGAAGAUGGGCUUGGCAACUAA